CUCGUGCGGGGGGAUGCCCUCGCAGUUUCGGCUCGGUUCGGGCUGCCCCCCUUUCCCCAGGGGCAGUGCGCGAGCUGCCUCAGUCUUCGCUCAGGCAGGGCCGCCCCCACUUCUCGCGUAAAGUGGGCUCCGAGGGGCCGAAUGCGGGGCAGAUGUUCUGCGGCCUGCCCCGCGAGGGCCCCCUGUCCCUGGAGGAGCACCCCCUCGAGGGCCCCUGGACGGCGCGCAGCGCCCUCUCGCGGGCGCAGACGUCGUGGAUGUGGCCCCUGCUUCGUGCUGGGCUGUCGAGGCCGCUCGAGGAGGACGACGUCUGGCGGGUGCCCAGCAGGAUGUCCGCCCGCGCCAUCGGGGGCCGCGCGGAGGAGCUUUGGCGCCACGAGUGCAAGGCGGCCAGGGAGAGCGGCGCGCAGCCCCGGCUGCUGAUUCCGGUCCUCGUGGCAGUCGCGCGGUGCGCGUUGGCGCUGAAUUUCGCGUUCAGCAUGAGCUGCGUGGUCUACUACUGCUGCGCGCCCACCUUCCUGCGCCUUUUUCUGCAGGACCUGGAGUUCGGCGCCGAGAGGCCGUGGAUGCUGUUGCACGGCGCGGGGUUCGCCGCGUGCUACUUCGCCGUAUCGCUCUGCGUGGGCGUUUCGAAGUGGUACGGGCAGGUUGCGGGCACUCAGCUCCGCCUGGCGGUACAGCGCCUGGUCUACAAUGCUUGCCUGCUGAUGCCGGUAGACGGUGUUGCUGGCGUGAGCAGCCCGAUGAAUCUGAUGUCCGUGGAUGCGGAGCGGUUUUUCUUGGUAGUCAACGUGUCCAUGCCUCACAUCUUCGCGAUGCUGUGGGUAUUCCCCGUGCUGCUCAUUUUCCAGUUGGGCGUUGCGCCUGCUGCCGCGUGCAUGGCGAGCACAAUCUUCACCACGCUGCUGCAGAGCAGAGUAGCGCGUAAGAUGACCAGCGCUUCGCGGCGGCACGGCCAGACAUUGCCAGAGCCUCGGAACAAAACGGGGAAACGUGCCA